AUGAAAAUGGCGGCUAGUCAGGGAGGUGUGGGUCCUGCGGCGGCUCUUCGGAGCCAGCACUAUCUGAAUGUUGUUCACUGGAACCCGGGCGUACUGCAACAGCAGCAGCAGCAGCAGCAGCAUCCAUUGCACACCGCCCGCAGUUUGGAGCGCGCUCUGGAGGACGCCGUCUGCUCCGGGAUGCUCAACAUCAGCGGCAGAAAAUUGCGCGAGUACCCGGGGCUGAACUACGAUCUGACCGAUACUACACAAGCAGACUUGUCAAGAAACCGUUUCUGUGAAAUGCCUCCAGAACUCUGUAUGUUUGCACCACUGGAGUCAUUAAACCUCUACCACAACUGCAUAAAAGUCAUUCCAGAGGCCAUUAUCAACUUACAGAUGCUCACCUACCUGAACAUCAGUCGAAAUCAACUAUCCGUGCUCCCCAAGUAUCUCUUCAAUCUUCCUCUGAAAGUCCUGGUGGUGAACAACAAUAAACUCCUGUCUGUUCCUGAGGAGAUCGGCAAGGCCAAAGACAUUAUGGAGCUGGACAUCAGCUGUAAUGAGAUCCAGGUGCUUCCUACUCAGAUGGGGAAACUCCUUGCAUUACGAGAACUCAACAUACGAAGAAACUGCCUUCAAGUGCUACCAGACGAGUUGUCUGACCUGCCGUUGAUCAUGUUGGAUUUCUCUUGUAAUAAGAUUACUGAGAUUCCCCCAUCUUACCGCAAACUCAAGCAGUUACAACACAUUGUUCUUGACAACAACCCCAUGCAGUUUCCACCCGCGCAGAUCUGUUUAAAGGGGAAGAUUCACAUCUUCAAGUAUUUAAACCUGCAGGCAUGUCGCCUGGAUAAAAAAACAGACACUCUUGACCUGCCCUUUCUAGGAAAACGCUGCUUACCACAGCAACUGACAGACAGUAUGGAAGAUUUCUAUCCCAGUAAAAACCAUGGCCCUGACUCAGGUAUUGGCAGUGACAAUGGUGACAAAAGGCUGUCAACUACAGAGCCAUCUGAUGAUGACACGGUUAGUCUCCACUCUCAAGUAUCUGAGACAGCGUGGGCUGAUGCACAUAUACUUCUCACAAAGUUGGACUCAAACAAAGAUCAGGACCUAUACGACUUUAUUGACCCAAAUCCAGAUGAAGAGGCUACACUUUCUGAGGGAGAUAUGCAACACAAUGCACCCUUUGUGUCUUGUAUAAAGGAGCUGGAGAGGGUUUUAAAAACACACCAAAGCAAAGACAAAGAGAACUGUAAAGAGGAGUCUGGGUCAGAGAAAGAGCAGUUAGCUGAAGAGGAGGAAGUGUUGGAUCUGAGGAAGAUCGCAGUACAGCUGCUACAACAAGAGCAACAGAACAGGAGGCGGUCCCUAAUUUGCAGGGCAGAGAGUCUAAUACAUCGUAGAAGAGCAGCGGGGAGAGCUCACAGAUUUCUCAGCCACUCAGGAAGCAGCAGCAAACAGAGAUCCCCAUCUCAGACUGGUAGAAGUGCAUCACUAGAUGAGGGAAGCAGCUCAGCCUCUGCCCUGAGUGGACAGGAGACUGAUCUCACUGAUGAAGAUGCAGCUUUCUCUGAGCCAUCUUCGUCUUGCUCGUUUGAUGGAAGUAUGAAAUCUGAAAGCAGUGAUUCAGAACCGAGAUGGCCAGAGGUUCCUCCUGUACUCAACCAAAAUGAGGAUCGCAGAAGAAACAAGUACCUGAGGAAAGAUUACCUGAAGUACAAGUGCCAAAGUGCUCGAAGAAACUCCAGUGGCCAUGGCAAUGGUUGUGAGGAGGGAAUGUGUUCUAAUGAUUUCAUCACAACCCUCACCGUUUUUGGCCUGAAACCUAGAUCAGCUUUCCCCAGUGACAGUCGUCAAGACUUCUGCUCCACAGACCCAAGCUUCACCAUGAGGAGAAAGAUGGAGCACCUCAGGGAAGAGAUGGAGCAGAUUGGACUCCUGCGGCAGAACCUCGAGUCCAGGUUAAAGGUUUUAUUGCCCGAUGAUGUGGGUGCUGCUUUAAUGGAUGGUGUUGUUUUAUGCCAUCUGGCCAAUCACAUUCGUCCCCGUUCAGUGACCAGCAUUCAUGUGCCCUCCCCUGCAGUGCCAAAGCUGAGCAUGGCCAAGUGCCGGCGGAAUGUUGAGAAUUUCUUGGAUGCAUGUAAAAAGCUUGGAGUGCCACAGGACAAAUUGUGUUUGCCACAUCACAUCCUGGAGGAGCGAGGUCUGGUGAAAGUCGGUGUCACUGUACAGGCAUUGCUGGAUCUUCCAUCAACAAAACCCAACCAUCUUUCCACCAUGUAGCAUUCACAUCCUCUACCCCAGAUCACUUCUUAAUACUUUGAUGGGGAGGUAAUGACAUCACUCAACUACGGCAAUAAGGCCGGCUUCCCCCUACCUCUUAUAACCCCUUAUAAAGUGUUCUAGACAUUUUAAAGCUUACUCUGGAGGAAAUUGGAAGUUUAAGCCACACAUUUCAUUCUGAGGGGAGACAGGUAAGCAGACCAAAACCGAAGAGGGGUACAGACCCUAUUAGGGCAAGCUUAAUGCAGUAGACUACAAUAGUAUUGAAUCCACCUUUUCUUGGAUAAACGCUAAAUAUCUGUUUCUAUUACAUGAGGGAGGUACACCUUUUUUUAUCUCCUCAUCUCUCUCAUUGUCUCUUCUCUGGGACCGGUGAGCCCUAUGGGUGAGGACAGGAGAAAAGUACACAUCUGUCUGGCUGAUUAUGGACCAGAGGGAAGGUGUUACUUAAGCACCAGAUCAACCUUCACCUGUAUGAAGCCACUAAGAGCUGUCAAUCAACUGCAACAUUUGUCAUGUCCCAUUCUGUCACUCCCUUGCUGUAUGAGAAAAAAUAAAAGGGCAGAAACAUAUGCAUGUAAUCUGAACCAGACCAGCACAGAGGACACUGGACGUGACAGAUGAAAAUGUGUUGACAUUAACAAUGUGUCCCUAACAAACACGGCUGAUACACUUGGGUAAGGUGAUUCAGUGCUGUGGCAGCGGGCUGUGCAUUAUGCAAAAACAAUUUUUUUGCAUGUCUGUGGACGGUUGUGUUUGAACAGUGAAUACUCUCACUCAUCCUCUCACAUGCCUGGACAAGACGAAGACUUACAUAUAUCGUUUUACUCACCUGCCAGUGUCUGCCAGUGUUUAUUGUUUUCAUUAUUGUUUUCACUUUUAUUUCCAUGGGGGUUUUAUUUAAUACUUCAGUUCUUGUGAAAAAUCAGUGCCUGCUUCAGCAACUUCCAGCAUCAAUUGGACAUGUUUAUGAACUUGUGUCCAUGUAAAUGUGGCGUGCACACAUAAAAUUGUUAAUUUUAUUGCGUGAUGUGCAGGUGUGUGCAGGAAUGCACUAAACAUAUGUCAAUUAAAUGUCCCUGUGGAACAAUAUUUUUUCCAUACAGUUGAAACAGUCCAUUAAUAAUAAAUACACACUUGAUUGUAAUGAUUGAAACUCACAAUCACUUCAGUAUACGAUGACAGUUUUAAAAAUAUCUUUUGGAAAAACAAAUCAAAGGAGGAUGCUUAGAAUAUUCAAUCAAGUUGUAAAUGAUUUGAAGUGAGGAAUUUUGUUCACCACCGUAAACUGUGAAGAUCUGUGUUACUAUUUACCAUUUACUUAUUUUAUAUUUAUUUGUUUGAGUCUUAUUUACUUUUUUCAUCAACCUCAGAAAUGCAUUAACAUUUUUGUCCAAAAAAAUUACAGUGCCAAUAGAAGUUGAAAAAGGCUCAAGUGUUUUAUGUACUGCCCUCCAAUAGACACAUGAAAAACCAUCAUAACAUGUACAUCUUUUGCUUUCAUCUUUUCAGAACACUGAAAAAACACUGUAACAGUAUUGCCAUUCUUCUCAGAUCAACUUCCCAUUCUUUGCCUUCCUCUCACUUUUAUCAGCCUGAUCUGCAUAUUUUAACACUUUGGUUUUUGCAGGUUGAUUUAGGUAUCCUCUCAUUCUAGUGAUAAAUUGAGUGUUUAAAGCGAUUUUGAACACUUUGUUACCGUGGUGCCACUUUGGAACAAAACACCUUUGACUGUUCAUGACUGUUAAAUAGAGCAAAAAUUGCAAUGCUGAACAUGCCAUUGUUUGAUCAAAUAUGUUUUCUUGAACAGAUUAAUGAGCAAAUGUCAUUCUAUGAUUUAUGCUUUCCAAACAGCCACAAUAAACGACUGACAGCUGGAGCUUUUUUGUGGAAAAAGCUUUAUAGGACCCAGUUUGUCAAUAAUGAGUGAUGCCCUCUCCCCUGUCAUACUCCGCAUGGAAUUGCAGAUUGCUUUGGUUCAUUUCCAGAGCUUUGUGCUGGUAUGAUGACAACUGUUACUUAGGCUUGUUGCUUGACACAAUCUAUGCUAAGAAUGUGAAAGGUACUUUUCAAUUCAUAACAAAAUAAAAUGUUAAUUUUGGUUCUCUUUUAGUUAUACUCGCAAUUAUAUUUAUUAAUUGAGCUAUAAAGUGCAUGCCGAGUUAUCGCUAUAUUGGUAUAGCACUUGCAAGUACCAAUUGUGUUGAAUUGUGAAAUAUAUAAUUCCCAGAACAUGAACUGCAAUAGAUUGUCAAUUUCUGAAACAUUCAAACAUUAGUGCAUUAAAAUACUACAGAAGAACAACAGUAUAGAUCAGUGGUUCUUAAUCUUUUUGACGCCAAGGCCCACCAAAUUAGCAGACACCUCCUCCCCUUCAUGAUUUAUUGGAUUCCUGUUCUAAAAACUGUAUUUCUUCAAUGACAGUAACAGUUGUUGAGGAGACUAAUUAAUUUGUCUAUUUGGUUUUCCAAGAUUGCACACUCCACAGUACAGGUCUACAUUGCAAUAACAGAACCUAAGCAUGACCGUGCAAAAUCAAUGUAAGCAGGGAUAUCUUAAUACAAGUGAUAAAUAUGAUGACAGUUUAUGUUGUAGACAGAUUUAGCAUUUUAAUUUUUUUAUUAUUUUAAAGCUAAAUUAUGUAAUUACUCCACAUAUCGGAAUUGCAAAAUGUGCACUGUUGCAAACAGUUCCACGUUUUGAUAGCUCAGGCAGUAUAUUACAAAUUUGGUGAUUACAGUUUGUUGUUUCUUCUGAAAAUGUGCAUACUGUGAUUACUAUUUUUGCUGCAUUUCAAAUUUUUGUCAAGUUUAAUGUAAGUUGUUUGAUAGUAUGCUGUUUCUAUCACAGCCAUUCUUACUGUGUUACAAUAUUUUUUUCUCCACCCAUCAAACUCCAUCCUGGCUCUCACUCAUCAGCUCUUAUUCACUUUUAAUUUGAUGAGAAAAUGUUCAGUUUGUAAAAAGAUAAGUGUUGAUUCAAAUGUAAUGAAUAGGCAAGAUGCACCUCCUUUGCAGUGCAUGUGUAUGUAUAGAUGUUUUGUAUGACACAACUGAAACUGCAUGUCUGUAUCAAACCACCAUUCAUGUACAUAGUCCCUGUAUAAAUGCAUUAGGAUGUUUCUUAAAAAGGAAAACAAAACGUUUCAAAUGUAAAAAUACUGGAAUAAA